CGGCUGCGUUUAAGAAACAGCACCGCUAGGCCUACUGUUGCUGCAAGAAUUCCUUUCCCAACCUUUAACUCUUCCACUCAAAAAUUCUCUCUCUCAAUUUCUCGUGCGCGAUGACCUCCGGCUCCGCUUCAUCACACAAGGCAUUAAGCAAGAUUGCGUGCAAUCGGCUGCAGAAAGAGCUCGUGGAGUGGCAGGUGAAUCCGCCCACCGGUUUUAAGCAUAAACCUACUGAUAAUCUGCAGAGAUGGGUAAUUGAAGUCAAUGGGGCGCCGGAGACACUUUAUGCCGGUGAGAUGUACCAGCUUCAGGUUGAUUUCCCGGAGCAUUACCCAAUGGAAGCGCCACAGGUUAUAUUUGUUCCUCCGGCGCCUCUUCAUCCUCACAUUUAUAGUAAUGGCCAUAUAUGUUUAGACAUUCUAUACGACUCUUGGUCGCCAGCAAUGACUGUAAGUUCAAUUUGCAUUAGCAUUCUGUCCAUGCUGUCAAGCUCCACCAUAAAGCAACGUCCAACCGACAAUGACCGGUACGUGAAGAACUGUAAGAAUGGUAGAUCCCCAAAGGAGACGAGAUGGUGGUUCCAUGAUGAUAAAGUAUAAAUACAGAUAAACCUGUAAUCAGCCUUAAACCUAUAUAGGGCUGUAAAUGUACCAAGCCGCUCACAAGCUAUUUGGAACUCGGCUCGAAAAAACUAGUUUGAGCUCAUUUAGCAUGAUACUAUUGGCCUCGUUAGCUCUUGGCAAGCUUGUAAAGUAAUUUAAAAAUAAAAAUAAAGCUUGUCAAGUUAUUCACCUGGAAAA